AAAGGAUUGCAUAAUCAGCAUUCUUCUUUUCUUCCCCAUAAUCGUCUGGUCUGUUAGCAGUUUUAGGAGCAAAGUACGGAAUCAGAGUAAAAAGUGUGGAACCUCUACGUUCAAACCCAACCAACACACACAUAGACAAACAAAACAAGUCAGGGAAAUUUGUAGCAACUUCAACUUUGUUUUUCCAUGUCAAUUCAAAAUCUCCUCUCAUUUUCAUUUCCAUCUUCAUUUUCAUAUUCUGAAAUAUCCUAAACAGGGGAACACAAAUUCAUAUUGUUCUCCUUCUUCAACCUUCUUCUCUGGAUUAUUUAUGUUUUUCACUAUCUGGGAAGAAUGUGGAGGAGGGAAUGAAAUAGAGAAAGAAGGAGAAGAAUGAGCAAAGAAUUGGGUUGCAUUGUGAGGGCCUGGGAAGUUACAUUUCGAAAAUCACAAACUCUUGUAAAGAAGAAGACCAAAAGCAUAUUCUCAACAAUGUCUGUGGCGCCAACGGAUGAUGAACCAGGCCCCACCGCUCAAACGUAUCACGCCGAGAAGAUCCUCUCCAAUGGUGAUUUCUAUGCCGGCCGGUGGCUAAAGGAUCUUCCUAAUGGCCAUGGAAAAUAUUUAUGGACAGAUGGGUGUAUGUACGUCGGAGAAUGGAGUAAAGGGAAGCCGAUGGGUACCGGAAAGUUCAGCUGGCCGUCCGGUGCUACCUAUGAAGGCGAUUUCAAGUCGGGUUUUAUGGACGGGAAAGGAACGUUCACGGGUUCUUCAGGGGAUACGUAUAGAGGUAUUUGGGUUAUGAAUUUGAAACAUGGGCAAGGGAUUAAAAGCUUUGCUAAUGGUGAUUACUAUGAUGGUGAAUGGCGACGUGGUUUGCAGAAUGGGCAUGGCAGGUAUCAAUGGCGGAAUGGGAACCAUUACAUUGGGAAAUGGAGAAAUGGGAAGAUCAAUGGAAAUGGGACAAUGAUUUGGAGCAAUGGGAAAAGGUAUGAUGGGUAUUGGGAAGAUGGGUUUCCAAAAGGAAAUGGGACAUUCAGAUGGUCUGAUGGGAGUUUUUAUGUUGGGAUUUGGAGUAAGAAUCCUAAAGAACACUCUGGAACAUAUUAUCCAUCUGGGUCUACGGAUAACAAUUUGGACUGGGAUCCUCAGGAGGUGUUUGAUGUUGAUUUGAAUGAUUGCAUGAUAUAUCCAUGUGAAAAGGUUUCAAUAUAUCCUUCCGAUAAGGUGGUAAACCAGGGUGGAUCUGAAGGGGAGUGCUUGCAGAGUGAUUCAAUUGAUAGCCAUAGUUUAGAAUCUUAUGUUGAUGGAGUUAAGGAUGGGAGUGUAAGAAAUGGACUGGAAGGAUCCAUGGAUGCUCAUGUUCAAGAGUCAGAUUCCAAAGGAAAUGGACAACAGCAGACGAGAGUACAAUUGAAGGGACAGGGUGUAACAAUAUCUAAAGGCCAUAAGAACUAUGAUCUUAUGCUAAAUUUGCAGUUGGGAAUCAGACAUUCUGUUGGAAGGCCAGCUCCUGCCUCUUCAUUUGACUUGAAAGCUUCAGCAUUUGAUCCAAAGGAAAAGAUAUGGACAAAAUUUCCACCAGAAGGAUCCAAGUACACUCCACCUCACCAAUCUUGUGACUUCAGAUGGAAGGAUUACUGUCCUGUAGUAUUCAGGACUCUAAGGAAGUUGUUCAACGUGGAUCCAGCGGAUUACAUGAUAUCAAUAUGUGGGAAUGAUGCCCUACGGGAACUUUCCUCACCUGGAAAAAGUGGAAGCUUCUUUUACUUAACGCAUGAUGAUCGCUACAUGAUAAAAACCAUGAGAAAGGCUGAAGUAAAAGUUCUCAUACGGAUGCUGCCAGCCUACUAUAAGCAUGUUCAAGGCUUCAAAAACACUCUGGUUACCAAAUUCUAUGGUCUUCAUUGUGUGAAGUUAACAGGCACUACCCAGAAAAAGGUGCGGUUUGUCAUUAUGGGGAAUCUGUUUUGUUCGGAGCAUGCAAUUCACAGACGAUUCGACUUGAAAGGUUCCUCCCUUGGUCGUACAACUGAUAAGCCUGAGUCAGAAAUUGAUGCAACAACAACCCUUAAAGAUCUCGAUUUAAAUUAUAUAUUUCGGUUGCAAAACAUUUGGUUUGACGAAUUUUGCAGGCAGGUCGACAAGGAUUGUGACUUUCUUGAACAGGAGAGAAUUAUGGAUUAUAGUAUGUUGGUUGGUCUUCAUUUUCGAGAAACUUCACAAAGGGAAUCAGGCAUGCCCAACGGUCAUCAUUCUGGAAAUUGUACUCCCAUUGGAAAUGGUAACCAUUACGGUGAAGCACAGUCAUGCUUAACCAGAAUGGACUCUUCAAGGUGGGCUUCCACAAGUUUGGGCAUUAACAUGGAAGCAAAAGCUGAAAAGACUAUGAGAAGAAGUGAUUGGGAAGGUCAGCUGAUUGGAGAACCCACGGGAGAGAGAUACGAUGUUGUACUUUUCUUUGGAAUAAUUGACAUACUACAAGACUAUGACAUUAGCAAGAAGCUUGAACAUGCAUACAAAUCAAUGCAAUAUGAUCCAACUUCGAUCUCUGCCGUUGAUCCUAAGCAAUACUCGAAACGGUUUCGUGAUUUUGUCUUCAAAGUUUUCGUAGAAGACACUUGAAAGCAAAGCAUGUCGAUUUUGGCUAUAUUCAACUUCAAGCAGACGACAGUCAGGGCAAUGGGAUUUCCAGCAGGAGUGGGGGCUCUACAAUGCCAGAUUUAUGCUUGUUAAUUAGACAUUUUUCAAACCAAGUUUGAUACAUUCUUUUUUUAAAAAUUAUAGUAUAUAAGUAUUAAUUGUUUUAGUUUAAGUUGUAGAUUAAAGUUACAGACAGAAAACUCCUGCAUACAAUUUGUAAAUUUGUAUACGAAGGAUAGAGAUCAAUAUAUAUAUAAUGAUCGAAACCAUUCUUUA